AAAGCAAGGUCCAGAAAGGCAUAAACGGACGAUCCAAAGGAGAACCCUUUUCCUUCUCUCUCUACUUGUUUCUUCCUCUCUCCACAGCUAUAUCUACAGAGAGAAUCACCAACACUAAAAUCAAUACAUAAAAACUUAUAGUAAUCUAAUAAAGUAAAAGCUACUCUUUCUGUUUGUCUUCUUUUAUCAUUCCUGUAAAGAUAAUCCUCAGCUGGGUUAUCUCUUUAACAUCUAAUUGAAAUUGUAUAGACAACGGAAACCAGGCAGAGAAAUCUGAAGAAAAGAAGGCAUCUGUUUGUGUUUUGGAUACAAAGAGAGAGGGGAGGGGGGGCCUAGUGUUUGUCUGUUUGGUUGACUGAUCAUGGCUGUUGCCGAGAAUGCUGGGGUUAGGAAUGGAACUACUGGUCAAAACUUUGACAACACUGUAGUGUCAUCAGAGACGAAAGAUCUUGAGAGAUCAUCAUCAAAACCCAGAAAUGAACCAGUGGUGGCUAACAACACUAAAGACUCAAACUUUCAAGGCCAAAACAAUGAUCAUCAGAGUAUUAAUGGCAUGUCUGGUGAGACCGGGGGUUUAAGCAAUGGAAAGACUAAUGGGCCACAGAUGCAAAAUGGGUUUGAUAUGAACCAGUCUGGUGGCUAUGGGGAUGAUCAGAUUCAUCAUCAAAGGGCUAAAUCUAACGGGGUUAAUGAUAUGAAUGAUUUGGUGGAGAUGCUGUCAAAGCUGAAUCCUAUGGCUGAAGAGUUUGUGCCUCCUUCACUAGCUAAUCAUCCUGGAUUUUUUGGUAACGGCUUUGGCUUUAAUGCUAACAAUUUUCUAGUGCAAAUUAAUAAUGGGAUUGCCAAUGGACAGACUAAUAGAAGGAAGAAGAACAGCUAUAAUCAAGGGAGGCGAAGGAUGAACAACAGGACAAGUAUGGCUCAGCGAGAUGAGAUAAUCAAGAGGACUGUAUAUGUUUCAGACAUUGAUCAACAGGUUACUGAAGAGCAACUUGCAGGUCUCUUUAUUCAUUGCGGACAGGUUGUUGACUGUCGUAUAUGUGGUGACCCUAACUCUGUUCUACGUUUUGCCUUCGUCGAGUUUACUGAUGAAGAAGGUGCAAGGACUGCAUUAAGUUUGUCAGGGACUGUUCUUGGAUUUUACCCGCUAAGAGUGCUGCCAUCAAAAACUGCAAUCGCACCGGUUAACCCAACAUUUUUGCCAAGGUCUGAAGAUGAGCGCGAGAUGUGUGCAAGGACUGUUUAUUGUACAAAUAUUGACAAAAAGAUUACCCAGGCAGAUGUCAGGCUCUUCUUUGAAUCCUUUUGCGGAGAGGUUCAUCGCUUGAGGCUCCUGGGAGAUUAUCAUCAUUCAACCCGCAUAGCUUUUGUUGAGUUCGCAGUGGCAGAGAGUGCAAUUGCAGCUCUUAACUGCAGUGGUGCGGUUCUGGGAUCCUUGCCAAUAAGGGUGAGCCCUUCAAAGACACCUGUUCGGCCUCGCCUCCCCCGUCCACCUUUCAACUGAAUCAUCCCUAGUGCUUCCUGGUCUGAUCAACUGCUGAUAGAUAUAUUAAUAUAUACACAUAUAUGUAGAUACUGAAAUCUUUUGAAGGUGCUUGUGGCUUCUAUAUCUAUCCCAGCAUGUUAGCCCUGUAUCUUUGUUACCUGUAGGGGGUCGUUUGUGGUUUUGUCUGCAGACUAUAGAGUUGGAUGGGGUUUCAAGGAUAUGAAUGGCUUUAUUUAUGUUGCAUGUCAUGAUGAAUUUCUUGAGAACUCAUACCAUGGGAAUAUUUCUUGUCAAUUGAGAUGGACUCCUUCACAGUUUU